AUGGUCGCAGCUGACGCCGCGACCCCUGUCGACGUGCCCGUUGACGUCUGCGCCGCGACCUGCGCCGCCCAAGGUUUCACGUACGCCCUCACUUCCGCUUCGUCCUGCCUCUGCAGCUCCAACCUGGACGGCAUCAACGCCAACCACAUCGUGAACGGCGGCGGCGACAGCACAUGCCCGCCUUCGGCGUACACCCUCGCGGUGGCUUCAACCACCUGGGCGUUCAAGGGCUGUUACCCUUCUCCCGGCACCGACUGCAUGUCCCCCUCGGAGUGCCUUGAGUCGUGCGACAAGGGGUGGGUGGCGAUCCGCCCCCUUCCGCCCCCGAAGGAGGGCUGGGGCUGCCACUGCGUCCCGACCGCGGACAUCACGCCGGGCAACUGCACGGACAAGGAUGGGCCAUGGUACCACCGCCCGACGCCCUCUCCGCACCGUCGGCGCCAGCAGACGGUGCUCGCCGGCCUCUGCCCCGCGCCCAUGAUUGCAUGCGCGGUCGCCGGGACGGACGGGUGGGAGUGCAUCGACACGCGGGCUGAGCUUGAGUCGUGCGGCGGGUGCUUGCAUGGCGUGCACGGCGUGCCGGGGAGCGAGAAUGGCGAAGACUGUACCACGCUCCGCGGCGUCGCUCGCGGCGGGGCGCGCUGCGUCGACGGGCGUUGCAAGAUCACAGCCUGCCGCUACGGCUUCGUGCCCGGUCUCGAUGAGUGCAUCCCGCGGUGA